AUGGUAGCUGAUAAGGGACAUUUUAUUGUCUCCACAACUGAUCAAAAGCAUUAUGAAGUUCCCUUGGCGUACCUUAGCAAGGAGAUCUUCAGAGAGCUCCUAAAGAUGUCUGAAGGGGAAUUUGGACUGCAAUGUGAUGGGCCUACCAGAGGACCAUGCGAUUUAUUGUUCAUGGAGUAUAUUAUCUCAUUGAUCCGGAGAGGACUGACUAAGGAUCUAGAGAAGGCUUUGCUCAUGUCUGUUGCCAUGAUUCGCUGCUCAUCGUUGUCUUCUUUCCACCGGGGACACACAAAUCAGCAAUUACUUGUGUACUGA